GUUUUGUUGAAGUGAAUUUAUAUUCGAGGUCUCGCCAUAAUUUCAUUUUGUUUUUUGCUCUCCUCAAACUUCAAAUCGUGGAUUAACAAGUGUGUGAGGAAUUUUGAAACAAAAAAUAAAGUCCGACAAGAGAAAAAAAGUGAAUUGAUUCAGCAAAAAGAAGUUGCGCUGAUUAUUUGCGAAAGAUACUUAAAAGUUGAGUUAAUUGAAAAGGACAUUGAGGAAUAGUGAAUAGUUGAAAAAUGCGAUAAGUUGAAUCGUAAGCAAAGAAAUAUUAGAAAUCAAAAGAAAGUGAAAAUAGCUGGAAAAUUAGUUUAAUUUCGUCUUGAAAAAAUAUAAAAUUAGAGAAACAGUGAAAAAAAUUGCAGCUAUGAAAAUGGCACAAACACAGAAGUGGUUAUUCUUUGCUGAUAGGUUUGAAAAUAAAAAGCCAUCAUCACAGAUGUCAAAAUUGGAUGUUGUGAUAGAUUUCAUCGUUUUUCUUUUGGUAUCAGUUGGAUAUUGUAUAGAGGCAGUACAUCACACACUAUUUGGACAUCCAGAAAAAGAUCUUAAUGGAGAGAUAGCUGUCAUUACUGGAGGUGGAGGUGGUCUUGGUCGGUUAUUAGCUAUGCGCUUAGUAAGAUUAGGAACUAAAGUCAUUCUAUGGGAUAUUAGUCAAGAGGGUCUCGACGAGUCCACAAAAAUAAUCGAGUCAAUGGGAGGCUGGUGUAAAGCACAAAUCGUAGACAUUUCGAGACGCGAGGAAGUGUAUAAAGCAGCAGACGAAAUUAGGAGUAAAUAUGGCGAUGUGACAUUGCUUUUCAACAAUGCCGGUGUGCUGAGUGGACGCGCUCUUUUAGAUACGCCAGAUCAUCUUAUCGAACGAUCAUUCAACGUCAAUGUGGUAGCACAUUUUUGGACAGUCAAAGCAUUUCUUCCAAAGAUGAUUGAGAAUAAUCAUGGUCAUAUUGUGACAAUAGCAUCUAUGGCUGGACAUGUUGGUAUCGCAAAAUUAAUUGAUUAUUGUAGUAGUAAGUUUGCUGCUGUUGGCUUCGACGAAGCACUUCGACUUGAGUUGGAAGUAAUGGGUAUUGAUAGUGUGCAUACAACAGUAAUUUGUCCGUAUUUCAUACAAGCGACUGGAAUGUUUGAUGAUGUUAAUUCAAGAUGGGUUGGCACAUUAAACUCAAAUGACGUUGCUGAUCGCAUAGUUUUAGCUGUCCGACGAAAUGAAAAGAUGGCAUUGAUCCCUUGGUAUUUCAGCUUCAUGCUUGCUUUCAAAUAUAUCUUCCCAUGGGGUUGCACGUCAGGCUUUCUUCGUCGUCUAGUCCCAGACGCAACACCACAACAUAUUUUACCAUCACCAGUCACAACGCCAUCAAUUCAAAAGCAGGAUGAAAUGAAUUUUAAUAAUAAUAAUAACAUAAAUAACAAUAAUAUCGAUAAGGAGACAGAAUUAAUAAAGAGAAUGUCGACGGCAAUUGAUGGCGAGCGAGUACUUUAAGAACAAGUCACCUUUCUUUUGUUUUGCUUCUUCGACAUAAUUCCAUAAUGUGAAUUACUUAUUCGAAAGAAGUGAACAACAAGCAAGAAUAGGAAAGAAACCUUCGUGAUUUUAGGUUUUAAAAUUUUUAUAAAUUCUUAUCUGCUAAUUCCUUUAAAUUUCUAAUCAUGGGUAAAGAAAAGAAUUUUCGUUCAAAUAAAAAGAAAAUUGUAAAUUUUUUUAUAGCUUUAUUUAACUCUUAAUGUGGGAAAAGAUUGAUAUAUUUUGUAUGUAAAAAAUUGAUAAUAC